AUGGCAACAGAGUAAAAGAAGGAAGAGUAAUUCCACUUCAAUGCAGAUAUCCAACAAUUGAUGGGUUUAAUUAUCAACACAUUCUAUUCAAACAAGGAAAUUUUCUUGAGAGAAUUGAUCUCCAAUGCAUCAGAUGCUUUAGAUAAGAUUAGAUAUAAGUCUAUUACAGACCCAGACAGUGCUGGCUUGAACGUUGAACCAAAUUUCAAGAUCAAGAUUGUCCCAGAUAAAAAUAACAAUACUUUGACCAUCUAGGAUACAGGUAUUGGUAUGACCAGAGAUGAAAUGAUCAACAACUUGGGUACCAUUGCUAAGUCAGGUACCAAGGCUUUCAUGGAAGCUUUGAGCUCAGGAGCUGAUAUUUCUAUGAUUGGACAAUUUGGUGUCGGUUUCUACUCUGCUUACUUGGUCGCUGAUAAGGUUGUUGUCAUCUCCAAGGCUGUUGGUGAAUAAUAAUACAGAUGGGAAUCAUAAGCUGGUGGUACAUUCUUUGUCUAUGAUGAUGUUGAAAACCCAGUCUAAUUGACAAGAGGUUCAAUCAUCAUCUUACACAUGAAGUAAGAUAACUUAGAAUUCUUGGAAGAAAAGAGAAUCAAGGAUUUGGUCAAGAAACACUCAGAAUUCAUUGGAUUCCCAAUUGAAUUAUAAAUUGAAAAGACAACAGAGAAGGAAGUCAGUGAUGAUGAAGAUGAAAAUAAGGAAAAGAAGGCUGAAGAAGGUGAAGUCCUAAGAAGAGAAGGAACAAGGCUGAAAAGAAGAAGAAGAAGAUGCAAGGAAGUCAGUACCGAAUUCGAAUAAGUUAACAAGAACAAGCCUUUAUGGAUGAAGAAACCAGAAGAUAUCACCAAGGAAGAAUAUGCUAACUUCUACAAAUAAUUGACCAACGAUUGGGAAGAACAUUUGACAGUCAAAUAAUUCUCAGUUGAAGGAGGUUUGGAAUUCAAGGCUGUCCUCUUCAUUCCAAAGAGAGCACCAUUCGAUUUGUUCGAAACAAAGAAGAAGAAGAACAACAUCAAAUUGUACGUCAGAAGAGUUUUCAUUAUGGAUGAUUGUGAAGAAUUGAUCCCAGAAUAUUUGGGAUUCGUUAAGGGAGUCGUUGAUUCUGAAGAUUUACCCUUGAAUAUUUCAAGGAGAAUUCUUGUAACACAACAAGAUCUUGAAAGUCAUCAAGAAGAACAUCACCAAGAAAUGCAUCGAAAUGAUCACAGAAAUCAGUGA